ACUGCAUUCAAGGCAAUUAAGAGACUGGGAUUAAGCAAACCCCCAAACCCAGCAUCCUCAGCAGUGAGAGGGAUUACCCUGGUUGGCUAGGGCAUGUUGCUGUGGCAAGGCCAAGUUGUCCCACGGCAGAGAUAUCCCUGCUCCGCUCACUCAGGUCCAGUGGAAAGGCACGACCUGCACCCACCUGUAAUGGGCAUCCUGAGGUGGCUGUUCUGGGCUGGGCUGGGCUACUUGAGCUGCUGCUGUCCCGCACAGGCACAGUUUCCUCGUGUCUGCAUGACGGUGGAAGCCCUUCGCUUGAAGCGCUGCUGCCCAGCCUUGGGGACGGAGCCAGGCAAUAUCUGUGGGUCCCUGCAGGGCAGGGGACGGUGUGAGGGGGUGCAGGCAGACACUCAGCCCUGGAGUGGCCCCUACACCCUUCAAAACGUGGAUGACCGGGAACGGUGGCCCCUCAAGUUCUUCAACCAUAGCUGUCGGUGCACAGGAAACUUUGGUGGCUAUAACUGUGGUGACUGCAAGUUUGGCUGGACUGGCCCUGAAUGCAACACGAGGAAGCCAGCAGUUGUCAGGAAGAAUGUCCACUCCCUGACAGCAGAGGAGAGAGAGCAGUUCUUCGAUGCUCUAGACCGUGCAAAGACAACCAUUCACCCGGACUACGUAAUUGCAACUCAGCACUGGAGAAGUCUGCUCGGUCCAACCGGAGAGGAACCGCAAAUUGCCAAUUGUAGUAUUUAUAACUACUUUGUUUGGCUUCAUUACUACUCAGUCAGAGAUACGCUAAUGGGUCCUGGCCGCCCCUUCAAAGGUAUUGAUUUCUCCCAUCAAGGACCUGCCUUUGUCACUUGGCAUAGGUACCAUUUGCUGUUGCUGGAGAGAGACCUGCAGCGACUGAUGGGCAACGACUCCUUUGCGCUGCCUUACUGGAACUUCGCCACGGGUAGAAAUGAGUGUGACAUCUGCACGGACCAGCUCUUUGGAGCAUCGCGGCCUGAUGACCCAGGGCUGAUCAACCUGAGCUCCAGGUUCUCCCGUUGGCAAGUAGUUUGUAACAGCUUGGACGACUACAACCGCCUGGUCACGCUGUGCAACGGGAGUGAUGAAGGGCCGCUGCGGCGGAGGCCGCCCAAGGGCUCCAGUGAGCAGCUGCCCACCAUGGAGGAUGUCAGGAGGUGCCUAUCGCUGCAGGAGUUCGACAGGCCCCCCUUCUUCCGCAAUUCCAGUUUCAGUUUCAGGAAUGCGCUGGAGGGCUUCGAUAAACCAGAUGGAGCCUUGAACUCGUCAAUGCUGAGCCUUCAUAACUUGGCUCACUCCUUCCUGAAUGGGACCAGUGCUCUUCCUCAUGCAGCUGCCAAUGAUCCCAUCUUUGUGGUUCUUCACUCCUUUACUGAUGCCAUCUUUGAUGAGUGGAUGAAACGUUUUAAGCCCCACGACAAUGCUUGGCCUGAUGAGCUGGCCCCGAUCGGUCACAACCGACUGUACAACAUGGUCCCAUUUUUCCCUCCUGUGACCAAUGAUGAGCUCUUCCAAACUGCGGAGCAACUUGGCUACACCUAUGCCAUUGACCUGCCAGGUUCCCUUGAAGAAACCCAAGCCUGGGCUGUCAUGGUUGGAUCCACAAUAGGAGGAGCGCUUAUAGCUCUGACGGUGCUUGUACUGCUGCUUGUGCUUUUCCAGCACCGAAGGCAGAGAAGAGGUUUUGAACCACUGAUGAAUGUGAGCUUCAGCCCCAAAAAGUACAUGGGAGAGGCCUAGUGCCCUCGCUUUGUGUCUUUGCUUAUUCUUGUAGGAAGUGACCUUGACUGACUUACUGAGAUCUUAGCUGAGACUUUAUCACACAGUCCUUUGGCAGCUGAUUAAAUUGUUCUCAUUCAGGUUUUUCUUGUUAUCUUGUGAAUUGUAAUGUGUGAAGUCUCUGGGUACAUAUGAGCAAGGCCCAAGACAAGAUAGAUUUUUCUCACUACUAAAUGUUAUCUGGAGUGUGUGACACUCGUAAGUCAUCCUCUAUAGAUUUAGAUCAAGACAGCUAAGAAUCCAAAUAGCAGAAACUUGAAUAAUCAAGAUAAUUUUUCACCUCAAUGUGUUCUUGAUUUCAUUUAGGAGCAUUAAGAUGUGCUGAAAGUUAUUAACUCUGCAUAUAUAUUUGAAUAACAUAUUAUUUUACUGUUAUCAAUAAAUAUUCUGAAU